CCGGCUACAGCGGAUUCAUUUUUAGAAAAAGCUGUACGAAUAUCAGUGAUUAACGUUGCCAUACUGUCCAUUAUACCGAGGCCCUUUCUAAAUCCGAACUGAUGGCUGGGUAGCUGAUCCCUAGACUCGACAAGCCACUCGAGCCUAUUUUUAAUUAAAUGUUCGAGGAGCCAUAAGACCGACGAUAAAGCAAUAAGACGACCCACUGACCCAUUCGGAUUCGGAUCAUCCGCAUUCUUGCCGGGUUUCAAAAGAGGGAUGAUAAUUUGUUGCUUCCAUUGCUCAGGAACCCACCUAGAAUUAAAACAAUAAUUUAAAAUGUCCAGACAGUACUUUUUGGCCUCUUUAUAUGGAGCAUCUUAUUUUUGACUGUCAAAACUUUUUACUUGACAGAUUAGUGUUGGCUAGUGAACUAUGUGAAGUGAAAAUUAAGUGUGAUUCUUUAUCCCGCCCGUCGCCACUUGAACAGUUAUUAAAAGACAAGAACACUUACAAACCUAUCUAUAAAUAGGUACAUUAUAUAAAAAUACUAUUAAAACAAUUUAAAAGUGUAGUGAAGUGAUAAAGUUUCAAUGUAAUAAAACAUGACUUGUCUUAAAGGUCUUAGUUACCAGGUCAUUAAAUUCCAAAAAAAAAAAUACGACAGGAAAGUAGGAAACUGUCCCCUGUUCCUGUGUUCCUGACCUGAAAUCUGCUGAAAUCCAUGACAAUUCUAGUCGUCGUGUGGCUGUGUGGUGGUUUUAGUUUUUAAAAUAGUGUGCUGUGUAACUAAUUAACAAUCAGUGAUUUAACGAAGUUAUUUUGUGGUGCGGUGCAUCACCAAGAAGAUUUAAUGAAAAUCAGAAUCACCAACCUUCAUCACCUUUCGGUUACCUACCAGUAAUACCAAAAUGGCAGAGAACAAUGAUGAGACAGCCGCCGGCCUCAUGAACUAUUUACCAAAUGAAAUCUUAGAAAGCAUUUUUGUCUACUUAUCAUCGCAGGACCUGGUUCGCUGCCGCACAGUAUGCUCUAGAUGGAGAGGGGUCGUUGACCAUCUAUGCACCAACCAGCACAUCUGGCAUAAAUGCUGUAAAGAUGACUUCCCGAAUGUUUAUACGAUCGCCCGUAAGAAGUCGAAGCGAGGACUGCAUUGGUACAAUUUGUACCGAUCUCUGACGCUAUGGAAGCAAUUACAAUAUGCUUCAGAAGAACGAGACGAGUUUGCAACUGCAACAUUCUCUGCUCAAGAGAUUCGCAACUUCGAACUACUAGGGGACGGCAUCCUGGGGGUUCUCAAAAAAGGAUCUAUUGUCUAUUACGAUAUCGAAACUCUAGCUUUAUCACGCCAUAAGCCCAUCAUUGGUGACUACUGUAAGUACACUGAAAACGAGAAUGUAGUUGUAAUAUUAAGCUACGAUCUACAAUUGUUCAUCAUUCGAAAACGUAAUACAUUCAAGCAUUUCCCUGAAGAAAUUCAUACUACUUUUGAAAGUGUAAAGUUGUUUGUUCUAGUUGCGCAUGAAUUGUUCUUCGUAAAUGUAAAUGAUGAAAUAUUUCGUUGCGACUUGCGCUGCAUAAAGUUAACAGCAGAUUUUUUGGUACAAACAGACAAAGCAUACGAUGGAAUCUUGUCAAUUGGUUACAGCCAUGGAAACCUCAACAUUCUUACUUUCCAACGCAACAUAUAUGUUGUUUUGAGGGAAGAUCUAUUAUUGCAAUGUACUCUUGAUACUACCUCCAAUUUACUUCAUGAACUGCAUUAUUAUAAUUUUCUGGAAGAUCUGGAUUGGCGAAUAUACUUUCAAUGGAUGUAUACGAUGAACCAUGUAGUUCCUGAUGGUCCCUUAAGAGAUAUUGUUUUUAUCAGAUCACAUGGGGACGUCUAUUUUGUUGGUUGCAACUGGGGAAUAUUACGCAUAUACUAUGCUCCGUAUAAUAAGGGCCAAAUGGACCUUUUCAACAAAAAGCCAAUAAAACAGUACAACUUCAUGGAGAGAUCACUGUGUCCAGUUCUGUGCACUUGCCCCGUCCUGCAAGUUGAUGUCGUAGAAGGAAAUGAUAUGCAUAUGGUUAUUGUGGCUAUGCCCAGCAAGAUUGUAGUGCUUAAAUUUAUGCACACUUUUGAGACUGAACAUUGCAUAUCUGAAGAAAUACCUCCACAGUCAUUGGAAGCUUCUUCAAACUAAAUGCUAUAAUCAUUGCAUUGCAGAUUAUUUGCAUGAGCAGUCGAGCUCAACUAUACAUUUCAUAUUCAUAAACACAAAUUUAAAAAAAAUCUUUUUCUCAUGCAACAUAAUCAUUAUGUAGGUAGUGAAUAUUAUAGAUUUCAUAGGUGUCCUCUGUAUGUUAUUGUAAAACAUAUUCAGUAUUAUUAUAAUAGCAGCCUAAUGAUUACAUAUUUAAGUAGUCUUGUGCAAUAAUUGCAAGAUAUUUACUUAAGCAUAAAUGUUUGUGAAUUGGAGAUAAAAGACUUCUAGUAGGGCAGUUAUAACUGCUGGUUGGUGUUACUCUAUGUCUAUAUACUUAGGUGUAAGAAUUCAUGAUAAAACAUAAAACAAGUCACUUUUUACUUCAGAAAUAUUUAGUUUGAGAUUUAUUCUAUAUUUUCUGAAAUUGUAAUAUUUGGUUUAUGAAAAAAAUUAGAUAGGUUGACCAAUUAGGUAAACAAUCAAAUUUGGAGGAUUUAAAAAUUAUUCUGAGCUUUAAAUGCCAUAAUAUGGCCCUUUUAUCAUAAUAUGGCUAUUUUAUCAAUUAGUAGGUAAUAUCAAGUAUCUGGUAGGUACGUAAGAUUAAAAAGAUUGGGCUGUGGCAUAAUAUGAAAGAGUGCCGCGGCUUAAGAAGGAACAUGAUGUGAUUUAUAAGAGUCUGACACUCCGUCACGCUGCACACAGCAGGAGGGGUUAUUAGAAAAAUUCACUGGAUUAUAAAUAUAAAAUUAAUUUAAUUAAAUUCAAUUUAAUUAAAUCAGCUUUUCCUUUAUCAUUUGUAUGCAAUAUUUUAUAAUAGGUAGAAAAACAAUAUCUUUACCAGCUUGCCUUAAUUGGCUGUCUGGAGCAGACUUCGCUUGACUUGCCUUCAUUGGCCGGUCACGAAGUGAUUCUUUAAAAUUUAGAACUAUACUGUGCGCAACCAACAGUUUUCAAGUAUUAUACCCUGCAUGUCCAAAAGAGACAAUUUUACUGAUCCUGUGUUCCUGAAAUCUGCUGAAAUCCAUGACAAUUCUAGUCGUCGUGUGGCUGUGUGGUGGUUUUAGUUUUUAAAAUAGUGUGCUGUGUAACUAAUUAACAAUCAGUGAUUUAACGAAGUUAUUUUGUGGUGCGGUGCAUCACCAAGAAGAUUUAAUGAAAAUCAGAAUCACCAACCUUCAUCACCUUUCGGUUACCUACCAGUAAUACCAAAAUGGCAGAGAACAAUGAUGAGACAGCCGCCGGCCUCAUGAACUAUUUACCAAAUGAAAUCUUAGAAAGCAUUUUUGUCUACUUAUCAUCGCAGGACCUGGUUCGCUGCCGCACAGUAUGCUCUAGAUGGAGAGGGGUCGUUGACCAUCUAUGCACCAACCAGCACAUCUGGCAUAAAUGCUGUAAAGAUGACUUCCCGAAUGUUUAUACGAUCGCCCGUAAGAAGUCGAAGCGAGGACUGCAUUGGUACAAUUUGUACCGAUCUCUGACGCUAUGGAAGCAAUUACAAUAUGCUUCAGAAGAACGAGACGAGUUUGCAACUGCAACAUUCUCUGCUCAAGAGAUUCGCAACUUCGAACUACUAGGGGACGGCAUCAUUAAAUGCCAUAAUAUGGCCCUUUUAUCAUAAUAUGGCUAUUUUAUCAAUUAGUAGGUAAUAUCAAGUAUCUGGUAGGUACGUAAGAUUAAAAAUAUUGGGCUGUGGCAUAAUAUGAAAGAGUGCCGCGGCUUAAGAAGGAACAUGAUGUGAUUUAUAAGAGUCUGACACUCCGUCACGCUGCACACAGCAGGAGGGGUUAUUAGAAAAAUUCACUGGAUUAUAAAUAUAAAAUUAAUUUAAUUAAAUUCAAUUUAAUUAAAUCAGCUUUUCCUUUAUCAUUUGUAUGCAAUAUUUUAUAAUAGGUAGAAAAACAAUAUCUUUACCAGCUUGCCUUAAUUGGCUGUCUGGAGCAGACUUCGCUUGACUUGCCUUCAUUGGCCGGUCACGAAGUGAUUCUUUAAAAUUUAGAACUAUACUGUGCGCAACCAACAGUUUUCAAGUAUUAUACCCUGCAUGUCCAAAAGAGACAAUUUUACUGAUCUAAGUGUGUAGAAAUGCUGUUUAAAAAGUUGUGAUGGCUGGAAGGUUGUAUCAAUUACCUUUCAGUCAAAUAAUUAAAAUAAUAGUGGGUGGUUCAUUGAUAUACUUCACAUACAGUAGUUAUGUAAGUGUAGACUGUAGAGGCUGUUAGCUCCAUUCCAUGUAAUAAAGGAUGGGGCGCAGUACCUUACGAUCUCAAUUACGAGUUUAACACAUGUCCAUUUACCCAUCUCCUAGUUAUAAUUUAUUUAAUUUAAGUAAGUAUACAAUAUUUGGAGCUAUUUUAUUGCAUGUUAAUAAAUACAAAUCUUUUUGCUUGCCUUAAGAAAAAGUCUGUGAUUUUUUAGAUGUUAAGAGUUGUUUUACAUAUUACGUGUAGAUGUUGUUGAGUUGUUUUUUUUUUUCAUAAAAUUGUUUACUUUGUACAGAAAUUAUGUUUUUGUAGUUUUCAAGGUUUUGGCCUGUCAUUAUGUACCGCAAAUAUUUCGAACCUCUUUGUAACAGCAUAACAU